CGUGUUUUAGCAUCAUGACGUCGGAGAAAAGGUUUUUCUGCGUGUGGACGUGAGGAUGAGCUGCAGGAGAAAACAGCUCGAGCCCUCACGGAAACCCCCCAGAGAAAACAUCCUACAGCUCAGAGUCAUGUUUCUGGAUGAAAGUCAGCACACGUUUGAAAUGGAGCAAAGUGUACUUGGAAAUGACUUCUUCAACAAAGUGUGUGGACAUCUUAAGCUUUUAGAAAAAGAAUAUUUUGGGCUUGAAUUCCGUCACUAUUGUGGCAGUUACGUAUGGUUGGAACUGCUGAAGCCUCUUACAAAACAAAUUAAACACACAAGUGACCUAAUGUUCCACUUCAUAGUGAAGUUCUAUCCUCCAGACCCAGGUCAGCUUCAGAAAGAACUAACCAGGUAUCUUUUUGCACUCCAGAUCAAACAGGAUCUGUCUAAUGGCAGUCUGACAUGUAAUGACAACAGUGCAGCCCUGCUGGUCUCCCAUCUUCUACAGGCUGAGAUUGGGGAUUACGUAGAGGAGCUGGAUAUGCAGCACUUGGAGAACAAGAAAUAUAUUCCCAACCAGGAGUGCCUCAAUAAGAAGAUCAUGCGCUUUCAUAAGAGACACAGAGGUCAGACCCCAGCAGAGGCUGAUUUUCAGUUGCUGGAAGUGGCCCGUAAAUUAGACAUGUACGGUAUCCGCCCUCAAGCAGCCAGUGAUGGAGAGGGAAUGAGGAUCAACCUGGCUGUGACUCAUUCUGGUGUGCUGGUGUUUCAGGGGAACACCAAAAUUAAUACCUUCAGCUGGGCCAAUAUCCGCAAACUCAGCUUCAAGAGGAAGAACUUUUUGAUAAAACUUUAUGCGAAGAUUGUGCCUUCCCAUAAGGACACACUGGAGUUUUCCAUGGCCAGUCGAGACGUGUGUAAAGCCUUCUGGAAGAUGUGCGUGGAGUACCAUGCUUUCUUCCGCCUGUCAGAGGAGCCUAAGGCUCGCCACAAGUCUCUCCUCUACAGCAAGGGCUCCUGCUUCAGAUACAGUGGCAGAACUCAGAAGCAGCUGUUGGAUUGUGUGAGAAAAGGAGAGAGAAGGAACCUGCCUUUUGAGAGAAAAUACUACAAGGCUUAUUGUGACACAAGACAAUGCAGAUCCUCUCCUGACCUCCUCACUGACACCUCUAAGCAGACCUAUUUACAGUCUCGUGGCUUCCCCCAUACUGGCUGCACUCAGGCUGGCAAACGAAGCCAAUCAGCUACAGAGGUUCUCUUCUCUUCUGAAGUGGAGCAUUCACAGGCUGGAGUUACAAAGCCCUCCACCUUCGUCCAGUCCCGCUCUUCUUCCAUCUCCACUGCUGAACCAGGACCAUCUAGCACCCUGCAGGCUCCCCAGAGUCUUCCAGGAUUUCUUGGGGAAGACUGGAGAACCCGGAGCAGGUUUCAUGGUGAGACAACCCUGCCCCAACGGGGUCGUCUUCUGGCCAAUGCUCAGCAGUUGGUGCUGCUCUACCCCAAUCCUCACCACCUGCACACUUGCUUGGGCCUGCAUCCUGUUUUUCCUGUGUAUCCACUCAGUUCUUCUUUGUCUCUGGACCACCCUGGAUCUCCACACUUGCUGUCUCGCUGUGGUCACGUGGCUCACUGCAUCCAGCCACCAAUGCAGGCUUGCUUCCUUGAUGAUGUCAUCAGAUCCUCUAGCUUCUCUGGACCCUCGACCUUGUCCCCAGCCGUGAUGAGGCGGCAAAGGCAACGGUAUGGUGGGUUAGGUCUGGGAUUUGCUCUGCCCCAUGGACUGGGAAUGGUACCGGGGCUGUAUAUAACAACUGCAGUGGCCGACUGUGGAGGCAGAGGUGGCCUGGACUUGGGCCAGGAAGAGCUGGGCCACUUCAGUGAUGAUUCCAGCUACCAAACAGGCUUGCCACGUCGCUCGCUAAGUCAGUCAGACAUGAAGCUACUGAGGCAGUCGGCCAGUGGUCCCACUGCUGCUGAGUUCAGACCACUAGGGCACUACCCACAUCUCUCUCGGAGGCAGGGUCCAGCACGGCCCACCCAUUUGCCUCUGCAGACGUCCAUCCUGCCUGAGAGGUCGGCUGGAGGGAGUAAGGCAGAAGUGAGUCAAAGUGACUCAGACUCUGAUGCUGUGUGUUCAUACCUCUGCCCUGGCCUGGACAGGAUAGUGCGUUCAGUGCCACUGGCCAACAUGCGCAUCUCAUCUGGCAGCCUGCAGCUAGAAGAGGAGGAUGAGAACACGCUCAACACAAAUGUUGGAAAAGAAGUCUCCUCAGCAAUAGCACCCAAACACAAGUCCUGAGAUAGAUUCUGAAACAUGGAGGUAGAAUUUGGGAAUCUCAGCAAGACUCGUUCAAAUGGCGCAUUCAGGUAGUUGGCUGGAUCUUUUUUUUGAAAACUGUCACAUCACCAAAUUGUGACAGUUUAUGCUUGGCAGGUAAAGCGGUAAUCAAGUGAAUAAUUAACAAAUUCACUAACUUGGCUUUGUGCAAGCCUGGUGAUACGUAACAACUUGCAAACUCA